GACGCUGUGCAGAAGGUGUCCUGCAGACCAUGAACUGAGCCCUGGUUCCAGGCCGUUCAUGAGCACAGUGUGAGGCGUGCCGAGACCUGCCACCCAGCAAUCCCCUCCCCUCCCUAGCACUGAGGAUCCCCAGAGAAGAUGGGGAGGAAAAAGAUUCAGAUCCAGCGAAUCACUGAUGAGCGGAACCGACAGGUGACAUUCACCAAGCGCAAGUUCGGACUGAUGAAGAAGGCGUACGAGCUGAGCGUGCUCUGUGACUGUGAGAUCGCGCUCAUCAUCUUCAACCACUCCAACAAGCUGUUCCAGUAUGCGAGCACCGACAUGGACAAGGUGCUGCUCAAGUACACGGAGUACAACGAGCCACACGAGAGCCGCACCAACGCCGACAUCAUCGAGACCCUGAGGAAGAAGGGCUUCAACGGCUGUGACAGCCCCGAGCCCGACGGGGAGGACUCGCUGGAGCAGAGCCCCCUGCUGGAGGACAAGUACCGGCGUGCCAGUGAGGAGCUGGACGGGCUCUUCCGGCGCUACGGGUCAGCUGUGCCGGCCCCCAACUUUGCCAUGCCCGUCACGGUGCCCGUGUCCAGUCAGAGCUCACUGCAGUUCAGCAAUCCCAGCGGCUCUCUGGUCACCCCUUCCCUGGUGACAUCAUCCCUCACGGACCCGCGGCUCCUGUCCCCGCAGCAGCCAGCGCUGCAGAGGAACAGCGUGUCUCCGGGCCUGCCCCAGCGGCCGGCCAGCGCAGGGGCCAUGCUGGGGGGAGACCUCAACAGUGCUAACGGAGCCUGCCCCAGCCCUGUUGGAAAUGGCUACGUCAGUGCCCGGGCUUCCCCCGGUCUCCUCCCCGUGGCCAAUGGCAACAGUCUCAACAAGGGCAUCCCUGCCAAGUCUCCGCCCCCGCCAACCCACAGCGCCCAGCUUGGAGCCCCCAGCCGCAAGCCCGACCUGAGGGUCAUCACUUCCCAGGGAGGAAAGGGGUUGAUGCAUCACUUGACUGAGGACCAUUUAGAUCUGAACAAUGCCCAGCGCCUUGGGGCCUCCCAGUCUACCCACUCACUCACCACGCCAGUGGUUUCCGUGGCAACACCGAGUUUACUCAGCCAGGGCCUCCCCUUCUCCUCCAUGCCCACUGCCUACAAUACAGAUUACCAGCUGAGCAGUGCCGAGCUCUCCUCCCUCCCAACCUUCAGCUCGCCUGGGGGGCUGUCGCUAGGCAGUGUCACCGCCUGGCCUCAGCCCGCACAGCCGUCCACCUCCUCUGCUUCUGUCCCGGUGCCCAGCCCGGGCAGCCCUCUGCCUCACGUGGGGGCUGCCCUCACAGUCACCACCCACCCCCACAUCAGCAUCAAGUCGGAGCCGGUGUCCCCUAGCCGCGAGCGCAGCCCUGCGCCGCCCCCUCCAGCUGUGUUCCCAGCGGCCGCCCGCCCGGAGCCUGGCGAUGGCCUCAGCAGCCCGGCCAGCAGCUCCUACGAGACCGGGGACCGGGACGACGGACGGGGGGACUUCGGGCCCACGCUGGGCCUGCUGCGCCCAGCCCAGGAGCCCGAGGCUGAGGGCCCUGCUGUGAAGAGGAUGCGGCUCGACACCUGGGUACUGUAG